UUAGUUUGCUUGUGUCUUAUUUUGUUGUUGCAUGUCGUAUUUUCAAGCUGCUGUAAAAUUCACAAGAACAAAAUUCGCUAACGACAAUAGACAAAAAAAACCGGAUUGUCAACGAAAUAAGCGUUCGCUCCUUAGUUAAGUGGAAUUAUUUUUAGUGCUGAAUCGAAUGAAAAAAAAAUGUGAAUAACAAAAUUUGAAAAAAUUCCAUACACAAAACAGCAGAGCGUACUUGAGACAUAUACAAAAUAUAUAUCGCAUUGAUUGAAUGACAAGACGUAUAUAUUUAAGUGAAUAUUACAUGCGCGCUACGCUGCAUAUUUUAUAUCAUCAAAACAAAACGGGAAGAAACGGGAAGAAACGGAAAGAAACGGAAUUUAUAUUCCCCUACAAAUAAAAAUAAUAAUUAAAAAGAAUCCAAUGAAAACAAAAAUUCAUGCGUGUGGUUAACAGUGCGGAACGCGUUGAAUAGUAAUAAAAAGAGUGUACAAUAGUAAAUAGACAUACACAUCACAAUGUCGAAACACGAUAAAACGAAAAUGAGCAGUGGAUUAUUUGAUAUGGUGUUCGGACGACCAAAAACAAAAGGAAGAAGUUAUACAUCGAAUGGUGGACGACCAAUAUCGGCCGAUUCCGAUUCAUUGGCCGAUCCACAAGACUUAUAUAAUGCAAUUAUGAGACUACCACACGAUGAGGUCGACGAAAAAUUUGUGGACAUUCUUGAGGACAUGAACAUUCCGAAGGACAAACGUCAACCGCUUUUGGAAAAGUCACUCGACGAAAAACGUGAUAUGAUCUUAAUGCAUUUCAAAGGAAAAUCGUCGCUGGAACAUCGGGGUAAUUCGAGAUUUGAAAAGCCACAAGACUACAUCGACUAUUUACGUGAUAGAGAUCAUAGUGCGACAAAAAUUCACAGUUGUUUGGAGAGUCUGCGUGUUGCACUCACCUCAAAUCCAUUGAGUUGGAUGAAAGAGUUUGGUGAAGACGGAAUAAAUGAGAUCGUAAUCCUAUUGCAAACCAGUAAACAAAAUCGACAUUACGAAAAGAUCGAAUAUGAAUGCAUUCGAUGCCUGAAGGCCAUAGUCAAUAAUACAUGGGGAUUGAAUUUGAUACUGAAGCCAGAGUCACAUGCGGCCAUAUUUCUGCUCGCAAAAUGUAUCGAUCCGAAAAAAUCUCAAACAAUGUGCGAAGCAGUGCGAUUACUUGCCGGUUUCUGUUUGAUAUCGGAACGUAAUGGAUAUGAAAAAGUGUUACGAGCCAUUUCAAUGGCGCAUGAUGGAGCAUUUAAAAAUGGUACACGUUUCAAGCCAAUCGUUGAUGGUCUAUUUGCCGAAUAUGAGAAUUCGGAUCCAAAACGUGAACUGUGCUGUCACACGCUUAUCUUCAUAAAUACGCUUACAAAUACACCAAGUGACUUGAAUUUUCGGUUGCAUUUAAGAUGUGAAAUAAUGCGAAUGGGAUUGUAUGAACGACUCGAUUUAUUAACUCAAAUCGUGAAUACGAGCAAUAAUGAAAAUCUCACAAAACAUUUCAAUCUAUUCAAUGAGAUUCGAGAGGAUGACUUCGAAGAGUUCAGUCAGCGAUUCGACAAUGUGAGAUUAGAAAUGGAUGACAUGAAUGAUUGUUUUGAAGUUCUUAAGAAUCUUGUGGUUGAGACCAGCGCCGAACCAUAUUUACUAUCAAUUCUACAACAUUUGUUGUACAUUCGUGACGAUCAUCUUUAUCGGCCAGCGUAUUUUCAAUUGAUCGAAGAAUGCGUUUCGCAAAUUGUUUUGCAUAAAGCCGGAUGUGAUCCGAAUUUUGAGAGUCGAGAUUUUCAUAUCGAUACAUCGGUAUUAUUGGACGACCUUGUGGAAAGAUCACGAGCAAAAGAAACAAUGAAAAUCGAAGAGUACGAUAAGAAAUUGGAAGUGCUUGAAACGGCUCGACAAGAAGCUGAAGCCCGUGCACAAAAUCUCGAAGAGAAAAUACGAGAAUAUGAGGCAACCGGUGUUAUGCCUCAGAAAACAUCCAAAUUACCACAAGUCAACAUUCCACCGCCACCACCGAUGCCCGGAAUGAAAGCUGCACCAGGAUCUGCUAUGCCGCCACCACCGCCACCAAUGCCUGGCAUGAAUGGAUCGGCUGCUCCACCUCCGCCGCCACCUCCUAUGCCGGGUAUGGGAGCCUUGCGACCUCCAGCUGGAAAUGCCCCUCCACCGCCCCCAAUGCCUGGAAUGGGACCUCCACCACCGCCAAUGCUUCGAAUGCCAAAUGCUCCACAAGUAAAUACAUUGCCACAUUAUCUAAAGCCGAAAAAGAAAUUCGAUGCCGAUGGUCCGAUGAAACGUGCAAACUGGAAGGCAAUCAUUCCACAAAAAUUAUCGGAAAAAGCAUUCUGGGUCAAGUGUCAAGAAGAUAAACUGGCAUCUGAAGAUAUAUUUGCUGGUCUAGCAUCGCGAUUCUCAUCGAAACCGAUCAAAAAAGCCGACAAAGACUCCGUCGACAAGCCAAACAAUGCCAAAAAGAACAUAAUUGACUUACGCGUUCUCGAUGGAAAAUCGGCUCAAAAUAUUUUAAUUUUAUUGGGCGGCUCCCUAAAGCAUUUAUCACAUGAUCAAAUCAAACAAUGCAUACUUCGUUGUGAUACAUCAAUUCUAAACUCAAACAUAAUCCAGCAGCUCAUUCAGUAUCUACCACCACCGGAUCAGCUGAAGAAAUUACAAGAGAUCAAAAAUACGGGCGACGAAUUGUCGGGUGCCGAAAAAUUUGCGGCCACACUUGGUGAGAUCAAGAGACUUGUGCCGCGUUUGCAUAGCAUCAAUUUUAAGUUAAGUGUCGGUGAUAUGGUUCAAGAUGUUAAACCAGAUAUCGUAGCCGGCACAGCGGCCUGUGAAGAGGUGAAAACGAGUAAAAAGUUUGCAAAAAUUCUGGAAUUAAUAUUGUUAUUCGGCAACUACAUGAAUUCGGGAUCGAAAAAUGGUCAGGCAUUUGGUUUUGAAAUUUCCUUUUUAACAAAAUUAACGAAUACAAAAGAUCUGGACAACAAGCACACACUUUUACACUAUAUGGUCGAAACGAUUGAGAACAAAUUUCCAGAACUAUUGAAUUUUGGCGAAGAAUUACCGCACGCAGAGCGAGCUGCACGUGUUAGUUUGGAAAAUAUUCAAAAGACAAUGCAUCAAAUGACUACCUCAUUGAAAAACUUAAAGUCCGAUUUGGAGAAUAGCAAAGUGCCACAGUCGGCCGAUGAUAAAUUUGUUGACGUAAUGGGUGAUUUUGCCACCCAGUGUAACGAUCAAGUCGAAGUAUUAGUUAAAAUGAAGAACAAAAUGGAAAGUCACUACAAAGAGGUUGGCGAAUAUUUUGCAUUUGACACGAACAAAUAUCCAAUGGAAGAAUUCUUCUCUGAUAUCAAAACGUUUAAGGAGCUAUUCAUGCAAGCGUAUAAGGAUAAUGUGAAAAUUCGCGAAGAAGAAGAGAAAGCUCGACGAAUUCGUGAGGCACGUGAACAGUCACAACGUCAUGUACAGGAUCGACAGCAACGAAAAGUUGCUCUCGUCGAUAUGGAUUCGGCACAAACACAAGAAGGCGUGAUGGAUCAUCUCUUAGCAGCUUUACAAUCCGGCUCAGCAUUUGGAAAUAGAGAUCAACGUCGACAACGUGGACAACGGCCAGCUGGCGCAGAACGACGUGCACAGUUGAGUCGAAAUCGAUCAAGAACGAGAGUUAUUCCAAAUAAUUAUGUGGCUGCAACUUAAUUUGCAUCAGAUCAUUAAUAAUAAUUAAAUUUAAUUAAUUGAACAUUUUUCACUCAAAUUUCUAUACACAUAUGUAUUUGUACAAUUGUCAAAAGUUAAUAAUUCCAUGAUUUUAUACGUAUCGAUUCGAUGUGCUGUAUUUUUUUUUACAAAUGCCCAUGAAACAAAUGUACUAUAUGUAUAUAUAUA